UAUAUUCGCAUAAACAAUACACCUAUAAUUGGCCACGGCGAUGACCAGUUCUUUCUUUACUUCUUCCUCCUACAUAUUAAAAUCGUCCCCAUUUCUCUCUCUCAAAGCUCCAUUAGAAUCAGCUAGCAGCGCCGCCCUAACAUCCCUAUUUUUUACGGCAGCGUCUACAAUUCCGGCAGACCAUUACGACAACGUUUACUAGUUUCCUUCAUUCCAAAUGGGCCAAUCUUCCUCAGCUCACGGCUUCUCCCCCACCGAUUCCAAUUAUCCCCACCACCGUUGUUCCGGCACCGGCCAUUCCCAAUCGGAAUUUUUCUACCCUACACUUUCCGAAGAAGACGAUUUCCCCAUUUCACAACCCUGUGAAAACCGAGAUUACACUGAUGGUCUUCCUGACGAAUGUUUAGCCCUAAUUUUCCAGUCCUUGAGCUCCGGUGAUCGGAAAAGAUCUUCCCUUGUCUGCCGGAGAUGGCUUCUGGUUGAAGGGGUUAGCCGUCACCGGCUUUCUCUCAACGCAAAAGCUGAAAUCAUUCCGGAUAUACCCACCAUCUUCUCUCGUUUCGAUUCCGUCACCAAACUCGCUCUCCGAUGUGACCGAAGAUCGGUUAGCAUCAACGAUGAAGCUUUGAUCCUCAUCUCCCACCGAUGCGUUAACCUAACGCGCCUAAAGCUUCGUGGUUGCCGAGAUAUCACCGAUUUGGGAAUGGCUUGUUUGGCAAAGAAUUGUGAGAAAUUGAAGAAAUUCUCUUGUGGGUCUUGUAUGUUUGGAGCUGAAGGUAUGAAUGCUUUGCUUAUUAACAGCAUUUCACUCGAAGAACUCUCUGUUAAACGUUUACGGUGUAUGAAUCAUACUGUAUCUGUUGAACCGAUUAGCAUUGGAUCUAAUGCUGCUUGUUCGCUUAAAUCUAUAUGUUUGAAAGAGCUUUAUAAUGGACAAUGUUUUGGACCUUUGAUCAUGGGAUCGAAGAAUUUGAAGACGUUGAAAUUGUUGCGAUGUUUGGGUGAUUGGGAUAGAGUCUUGGAGACGAUUGCAAGUAGGGAGAAUCAUUUAGUUGAGAUUCAUUUAGAGAGGGUUCAAGUGAGUGACAUUGGACUCAGGGCGAUAUCCAAGUUUUCGGACUUGGAGAUUCUUCAUUUGGUGAAAGCUCCUGAAUGUACAGAUGCUGGAGUUGUUGAUGUGGCUAGACAUUGUAAGUUGUUGAGGAAGGUUCACAUUGAUGGAUGGAGGACGAAUCGAAUAGGUGAUGUUGGUUUGGGUGCCAUCGGCGAAUAUAGUGUAAACCUCAAGGAAUUGGUAAUUAUGGGUUUGAAUCCUACGGUGACUAGUUUAUUAGCCAUUGCUUCUAAUUGUCAAAAGUUAGAAAGAUUAGCACUUUGUGGUAGUGAGAGUAUUGGGGAUGCUGAAGUAACUUGUAUUGCUACAAAAUGUAUGGCUUUGAAGAAGCUUUGUAUUAAGGGAUGUGAGGUAACAGAUGAAGGGAUUGUGUCUUUCGCGUGGGGAUGUCCUAAUUUGGUGAAAAUUAAGGUUAAGAAGUGCAAGAACGUAACUGGUGAAGUUGCAGAUUUGUUGAGAUCAAGAAGGGGAUCUUUGACGGUGAAUCUUGAUGUUGGGGAAGUUGAUGUGGAGGUUGUGGAUGGUAGCGCUAGUGAUGGUGGAGCAUUAGAAGAAGGCAUAGAGUUUCCGCCGAUUGCAAGAACUGUUCCCAUCCUUGGUGCUGGUGGUGUCGUUGAUAUUGAUACCCCAUCGACCGGUAAUUUUGGUCGAUCAUCAUCAUCUACUUCAAGGAUUGGCUUUCUUGGAGGAAGGGGCUUCGUUGCUUGCACUUUCCGUAGGUGGUCAAAUGGUAACGCCAAUGAGAACUUAUGAAAAUUGUGAACACAAGUUAGAACAGAGAAAACACUCUGUUCAACUUCAUUUUUAAUUGAAUCAAUAGAAAAGUGUGGAUGUGCGACUUAUCUCUCCUUCGUUUGUGUGUUUGAUAAUUGCUUUUUGAAAAUUUGAUAUGUAACCAUAGAUGCAUUUAGAAUCUUAGAAGUCACUUCUUGGAUGAUGAAAUCUAUCCCUGCUCUAUUGACAAUUGCAUUAUAGAGUGCUGUCUUGAACCAUGUAUACUGUUGCUUCUGGUAUGUGAAUCAAAUAGAUAUUGUUCCAUCGUCUAAAUGUCAUCAAGGACAGUGAUCAUUAUGCAUGUUCAUUGUCAUUUUGCUUCAAGAAUGGAGUAAUACAUGUCGAAGCACCUUUCUAUAUUA